UAAAAGGGAUGUAUUGUGCGCGACUGUUCAAGGUUUGUAGAGUCCGGGCUUUCUAGUAAACUGUUCUGGAAACGGAAUGUCAUAAUAUUACUGCACCCCGAGGCAAAGCUAAACGUCAGAAUUGUCCCUGGGCAGUAACACAACAAACGAAAUCUAUAAAACGGGAAAUUCGAAUCAUAAUGGUAGGAUACAGUGAGCAUACGAGGGAGUUAGUUCACGAAAACGUUAACGUACAAUUAUAAACACAAUUACAAUAAAAGAUGGGGAAAUCGCGAAAUAAGGUAAAAUCAAGUUAAAUGAUUACCCCAAAUCCAAAACAAUGAACACGCAUUACGUGCGAAAUAGCCAGAAGAUGGCGCUCGUGGUAUACCAUUUGGGCUGCACAGAUCUGGGUGACCGUGUUCCACGUACCAUUCUUAAAAUAGGCCAACUGCAGUAUUUGGGACCAACAGUACAGACAAUAACACACUGCGACUCUUAUUUGUUAACAGCCAUCGUGUUUAUAUUCAUUUUACGAACAUACAACGCAUGCAGUACAUCGUACAGGACAAAGAGUAGCCUAACAUAGCUUAUUUUUUUCUCCGAAUUAUAUUUUUUUUAAAGACAUGAUGUUUAUAUAACGUUGAAAACUAGAACCAGUUUCAUAUUUUUCAAGUGGGACAGAACCCAAAUGCAGUCUAAAAUAUGCACAAAUGGGAUCUUCCUACAUCACAUUGCUCAAAUAGAAUGUUAGCCAAUCGUAUACGAAGAGGGCGGAGUUACAUAUUUGACCAAGGAAAGUUCCGUGAACGCAGCGCAGCGUCCUUACGGCUCGGCAUUUCAGCACCACAGAGUGGACAGUGACCAUUCGAAAGCCCUCUGACAGACAAAGGCAAAACAUACUGUAAAUCAACUGCGUGCUCCAAGUUUAUAGGCAAGACUUCACAACACACGUCGUCCAGUUUAAACGUGUAAAAAAUGAUGGCAUGCGCGGAGAUUAUCACAAUGUGCCUACAGUCUGCCAAGCAGCAGCACCUGUAUUCCAAGAAAGAAGAACAGCUACUGCAGAGGAACCAGAUUCAAGGAAUUUCAAUUUUCCAGGACAUAUUUCGCCGUGCAGACAAAAAUGACGACGGAAAGCUCUCCUUCGACGAGUUCAAGAUGUACUUCGCCGACGGCAUCCUCAGCACCGAGGAGCUGGAGGAGCUGUUUCACUCCAUUGACAGGCACCAGACUAACAACUUGGACACAGAAAAAUUGUCUGAGUAUUUCUCUCAGCACUUGGGGGAGUACCUGAAUGUCCUCUCGGCUUUGGAAAAGCUCAACUUCGCCGUCCUGAAGGCUAUGGACAAGACAAAGGAGGAGUACCAGAGCGCCUCCGUGCUGGGCCAAUUCGUGACCCGUUUCCUCCUACGAGAAACCUCCAGCCAGCUGCACUCCCUUCAGGCAUCGAUAGAAUGCGCUAUGGAGGCAGUGGAGGAGCAGAGCUGCCCUGGCAGGUCUCUGUGUGUCUCCAGCAGGACCAGUGACAAGAAACCAGAGGACCUGAGAACUGCUCUGAGAGGCACCAAGAGGUGUGGCCGGCGGACCCCAAAGAACCUGUGCCUGUCCCCAACUGACCCCUACUCAGGCAUGCUCACUACAGGUGUCAGUGUGGAGCCGGACAAUCACUGGAACUCCCAGGUCAACAGGUUACAGCAGCUCAUCAACAAACUGGAGUGUCAGGGGCCCAGGCUGGAGCCACUCAGAGAGGACCCACUGGCCAGCACGUAUAAAUCAAACAUCCUCCUGGUCCAGAGGCAGAUGAUGGUUAUUGAGAAGGACCUGGAUCAGUUCCAGCAGGCUCUACAGGCUUACAGCGACGUCACCGUCAGCCAGAACGACAAUCUACACAUCUCCAUUCAGAAGCUUCCGGAAAAGUCUUGCUUCAUUAUGUAUGAGUUUUGGCAGGAUCGCAUCUCCUGGAUGAGCUACCUGCAGUCCAACGCCAGCAAGACCUUUCAGCGCUGCAUCAUCGACGUGCUGGAGGACCCAGAGAUUGUGUCCACCAUGCUGCUCCCAGCCUCCUGGUGGAUUAUGAACAACAACUGACAGCGAUAAUCCGUUAGAUGCACACCGACACCCCAGAGGACCAGAUAAAGCAGGAGUUUACGCCAGCUGCACAUCUUCCCUGAGCCAUUUACAGAAGAAGAGAGAGAAUCAAUUGCAGACAAGUACAGAAGCAUUUGGGCCUACCAGGACGUUAGCCAUAACUAUGUGUUCAUCUGAAAACGGAGAGUGGCAAUCAUUGUUUGACAUGCACAUACGCACAUGAAAAAAUACCUGGGUCCAAGUCAGAUGAGCAAAAAAACAAACGACAACAUUAAGAAAACACACAAAAUUAAUCCCGAGUAAAAGUAGCUUUUGUUUUUGGCAUGCUGUUUCAAUGGGAUAUGUGGCUGACAUGAGUCAGUAGUGUAGUUCCCCGUGGAACAAUCAUGUUAUUCCGCAUUGAGUCAUGCUGUUGAUAACUUUGCCAAGCACGACUGAAUUCUGCAUUAAUAAUGUUGACUGCAUUAUGGGGGUGUAACAGGAUCUUAAUUAUUUUUCCAGCACUUCAGUAAGACUGAGUUUUGUCUAAUUUGAAAUGUAUUCAUGAAUACCUACAAAAGCUGUCAAGACGAAAAUACCUUGUUAAGUGUUUGCAUGAAUUUCUCUGAUUUGCGAGUGUUUGUGUUUGAAUUACAUUGUUUAUUAGUUUGUAGGUGCAUCAUGGAAAAUUGUAAGUUUUGCUUGAAAAUCCCAGUGUUUUGUAAAUGCUUUUGAGUUCUGCACAUUAAAGGGAUUACCUGUAUGGUGAAUAAAGGAUAUUGGUUACGUACAACAUUAAUUUCCUUAAUUCAGAAUCACGCACACACAAAUAUAAUUUUACCACACUUUGACGAAAAUGUACAAUAUAGAAAAGGAGUACUGUCUAACUUGCUUGACCCUUCUUUUGUAAUUAAUGUUCAUCUAUGGUGACUAUUAGUUCUACUAAAGUGAAGUGUAUUUAUGUAUUGUACCGUCUUGCUAAUAUUAGUUUGUCUUCAAAGAAAAAAAUGCAGUUGCAUGCCAAUUGGUUGUAGGGCUUGAAGAUAAGGUGUGACAACAGCAAGCCAUUUUCAAUAACAAAUUAAAAAAAAAAAAAACAGCAACCAAUAGAAAAAUCCCAGUUGUCCCCACAAGCUUCGUUUUGCAGGACGGCACGGAUCAUCGCAGUGGGCCCUGUGUGCCGGCAUUAAAUAAUUGAUUGGAGCACAGUGUGGGACUGUUGACACAUGGCAUCACUGGAGUUACCUUCCUGUCAUGCGGUAAUUGUGGCUCGACUGUAGUAAUUUGCCUUCCCUGAUAACUGCUGAACAAGUCAUCAUUGCUGGAUUGUAAGACCAUCUCUAUACUUUCAUUGCUCCAGGAAGCGAAGGAAAUCAAAAUAAUUAUAGUAUUACAUUUUUUUAUUACAUUAGCCUAUUUCAUUAUGAGUUCAUUAUUUAUUUUAGCUGUUCUGUCAGCAUGACUGGCUAAUUAUUUUUUUCUGGUUGCUUGCAAAUUGUCAUUAAUCCAGUGGUAUCAGGAGAAACUGUUGCUGAGGAGCCAGGUGUUUCCCCAAAGCUUCCACUUGCAUUCAGGGCAAAGACAGUUGGCAGAAUACACAAUACAGAGAUAACAAUUGUUCACAGAAUAGAGAAUCCAAAGCUCCAAAUCAAUUUCCAUUAUUUUUGACUAUACAUGGAUACUGUGAAUUCUACUGAAAGAACACCAGUUUAUCAAAUCUAUAAAGGAGGCGGAUGUGAAUAUUUCACAAUAUCUAUUUAAUGACAUCCAGCUCAUGCUUAUCCAGCUAGACUUGGAACGCUGACAACUAAAGCUGGGGAGCCCAUUGACAAACAGCUAUUACACAUACAGUGAGGUCUGUAAGUAUUUGGACAGUGGUACUAUUUCAGUUUUGUUUGGCUCUCCAGCACAUUGUAUUUGAAAUGAAGCAACAAAUAUGAGAUUAAUGUGCCGAUUGUCAACAUUAAUUAGAGGUUAUUUACAUCUGUAUCUGGUGAUCCUUGUUUAUUUUGGUAAGCCUAUUGACUUUUUCUAAAAUUCCCCAACCUCCUCAUAGCUUCCUUGACUCAUUGGCGCAAACACCAAUAAUAAUAGACUCCAAAGCAAUCAAAUGCCUCAAACCAAGAUUAGACAUUGAAAGCUUUCUUAUACCUGCAAUAAGGAAGCCAUUGAAUACACCUGUCCAAUCACAAUCGGCUGAGAAGCCAACUGUCCAAUUACUUUUGGUCCCUUAAAAUGGGGUGACUAUGUAAAAGAAGUGAUGUAAUUCCCACAUAGAUCACCCAAUAUGGAUGUAAAUACCCUGAAAUUAAAUGUGAUAGUCUGCACUUUAAGCUCAUACUGUUUCAUUUCAAAUCCAAUGUGCCUAGCCAAACAACAGAAAUAGUACAACUGUCUUUUAGAAAUUGUUUUUGUGGAAGAGACGUGGUUUACUCCGAGACCUACUACUUGAAAGAAAAACCACAUUAUCAGCUUCCAAACUGGCUGUUGUUUUUUCAGUUAGUUUAGUCUUUUGUUGUUUUUGGUUUUUAACCACUAAAAAUGGGAAGUUAACUGGCAUGGAGAAGCAUGCUUACCUUGCCCCAGACUGGUAACAUGCUGAGUAUUGCUUCAGGAAAUAAACCCUUUUACCAUUAAAAAUUUAAACUACAUGCUUGUCCUGACCCUGCAGGUCAUUCUCCCUUUUGUGCCUGUCUGUUGGUAUCAAAUAUGUUAAUAAAAAACGCUUUGAGAAA